AGGCUCACAUGGCGCGCUUGCAAGGGUAUGUUUCCUUGGCAACGGCACCGAGAUCGAAGAUAGAUCGCAGCUUCCACACCGCGCUCACACAAUCCUGCGCCCAUGCAUCCUGCUGAUGUAGGUCCGGCGUAAUGACUUCCUCACAACAAUCGUACUCGGCAGCUGGGCCCCGCUUCCACUCGCAUGCUGCAAACAAACAGGCAGAUGAUGCUCGAGACCGUCAUAUGAACGGGGAGCGUAGCCCUGAACGCUUAAGCGAGCAUCCCAGCAGCGAAUCAUCGGCGUGCGCCCUUAACCUCCCCUUGCCCUGUGACAUCAACGGCCACCUUUCUCCUUUCCACCAAGUUAUUCUUCCCGCACACGUGCAGCUGCCCGCGGCUGUACCAUUCAGGCAUGGCCUCUGAUACCCUGAAGGUCAAUAAUGGGACCCGUCCUGGCAAUGUUCGCCACCCCACUGCUCCGGGCAUGAUGAUGAACGCUCAUUUCGCAAAUGUUGGCGAGGACGGCGGCAAGGACGGGUACGAGCAUGGCGUCCAAGUCAUCGACGAGGACAAGGUUUUCAACUCAAAUGUCUCCAAAUACCUCAACAUCGAGCAGGUCAUCCCCGCAGGCUUCAACUACCACCUCAUUGCCGUAUUCGGAUCGCAGUCCACGGGCAAGUCGACCCUCCUCAACUACCUCUUCGGCACACAAUUCGGUGUCAUGUCAGAGCAGGAGCGCCGCCAGACAACAAAAGGAAUAUGGAUGAGCAAGAACAAGCGCGAAGCGGGUGGCUCGGGCAUGGCAGAGAACAUUCUGGUUAUGGAUGUGGAAGGCACAGAUGGACGAGAGCGAGGAGAGGACCAGGACUUCGAGCGCAAGAGUGCCCUCUUUGCGCUUGCGACAAGUGAGGUUCUCAUAGUCAACAUCUGGGAGCACCAAGUUGGUCUGUACCAGGGCGCAAACAUGGGUCUGCUGAAGACCGUGUUCGAAGUCAACUUGCAGUUGUUUGUCAAGGACAGCAAGACCAUCCCCAAGUCUCUCUUAUUCUUUGUCAUCCGUGACCACCUCGGCACAACACCACUCAAGAACCUCCAGAAUACCAUCAUCCAAGACCUCACAAAACUGUGGUCCAACAUAUCGAAACCUGCCGGUCUCGAGAACUCGCGCAUCGAGGACUACUUCGACUUCGCCUUCGUCGCACUACCCCACAAGAUCCUGCAACCGGAAAAGUUUGAGGAGGCAGUCAACAAGUUGAGCCUGCGCUUCAGAGAAGGUUACAAUGACCCGAAGAAGAGCGGUCUUCUCGACGAGGCUGAGCUUCCCAUAUUCCUUCCCCAGUACCAUCGCCGAAUUCCCGCCGACGGGUUCCCCGCAUACGCCGAGGGCGUUUGGGACCAGAUUGUACACAACAAGGAUCUCGAUCUUCCAACACAGCAAGAACUUCUUGCGCAGUUCAGGUGCGAUGAGAUCGCGCGGGAGGUUCUUGUGGUCUUCGACGAAAAGAUCACGCCAUUGGAAGACAGGCAGGCGGAGGAUGCCAGGAUAGGGCAACCUUCAAUCAUUCCAGAUCUCGGACUGAUUAUGAAUGCUGCACGAGCGCUUGUCUUCAAGAAUUUCGACACGAACGCGAGCCGCUACCACAAGGGUGUUUACAAGAGGAAGUUGGCAGAGUUGGAAGGCAAGGUCGAUACACGUCUCAAGGCACUCAGCCAGAAGCAGAUCGGCGCCGCACAUAAGUCUGGCAUCGACGAUUUCAGCAAUGCCGUCAGCACAGCAGUGAAGCAUGGCCAGAAGAAAGGCGGCUCGUAUGACUUCGCCCAAAUCGUGGACUCGGAAAAGAAGAAAGCGUUGGCAAAGUUCGAGGAGGACGCCAAGUCAAUUGCUAUUCAGGGCGCAUCGUGGAGCGACGCUACACAUCAGCUUGCGCUGUACCAAAAAGAGCUGGACGAAGUAUCUGGACGUCUGCGCAAGGAGGAGAUGAGGCGGUUGGCUACACGGAUAGAGCGCUGGGUACGAGGUCGCCUCGACGAAUCAGUCGGUCUUGAGUUCAACAAGCUUGGAUCCGGGCGUGGUGGGUCUGGUGCCCCUGAGCAUGGUGAGAAGCCAGCGACAGAAAAGGACCUGUGGGACCGCGUCUGGGCCAUCUUCACAGACACAGUCUCGAGCGCCGAGAAGCGCUUCACCGACCGCGCACAAAGCUUCGACGCUAGCCCCGAAGAAGUUGAGGUUGGCUUAUGGAGAUUGCGACGGAAGUCGUGGGGUGUACUCCGCGCAAAGAUCGACGAGGAGGUCAUGGAGGGCAACAUCUUGUUGAAGCUGCGAGAGAACUUCGAGGACAAGUUCCGCUACGACGAGGCUGGCGUACCGAGAAUAUGGCGCCCCACAGACGACAUCGAGGGCGUUUACACAAAGGCACGCGAGUCGACCAUUACUCUCAUCCCACUGCUUGCUCGGUUCAAACUCUUGAAGACAUCAUCAGCACCACCACUUGGCGCGUGGAUCGGUGAGGCGCCUGCGUCUGUUUCGUCCGCCGAUGAAGAGGAUCUGGCACCUAUCGGAGGUCUCGAUGACGACGAGGGCAGGACGUUAGAAGAUGAGACAGUAGUGCUGUCGGACACCAAGCAAGCAGACCUUCUUGUGCGCUUCAAGAAGACAGCAGACGGCGUCUAUGUAGAAGCCAAGCGCAGUGCCAUCGGCGGCAUGACGCAGGUGCCACUGUACUUCUAUGGACUACUUCUCGCACUGGGGUGGAACGAAAUAGUAGCCGUUCUGCGCAACCCCGUAUACUUCAUCUUCCUCAUUCUCGCUGCCGUUGGCGCAUACGUCACAUACACCCUGAACCUCUGGGGUCCCAUGGCACGCAUGGCCAACGCCGCAUCCGCGCAAGCUCUCGACAUUAGCAAAGAAAGGCUGCGCGAGUUUCUCGAGACGAGCGAGUCGGGCCGCCGCGCGAUGGCGCAGAGUGGCCUGGAUAACAGCCCGAGGCACAGGGACGAGGUCAGGAUGGAUCGCCUCAACGCCAACGGGAAGAAACGUGAUGAUGAGGAUUUGGACGAGAUUUGAGAUGGAUAAUGGGAUUGGCUACGUCUUCGGCUGCGCAUCCGGCUUGGCUGGCUGGAUGGGUGUUUGGGUAUAUGUACGUUAGCGGCGUGGGAGGUAUUCUUGCAUUACCUAGAGGUGAACAAGACUCAUUGGUAAUGAAAUGGUUCAAGUAAAGCUGCGACUGCUGGAGGAUUGACUACAUCGUCGAGCAUGAGGAGGCAGUCCGCCUUUUAGUGCACUGCGAACGCGCCACACAAGUGCCACCGCGCCGAUUGUUUGAGCUAUUGGGAACCUCUUGGUGAUGUAGGUCGUACUGGAUCUGUUUUCACUGUUGCGCUACAGGUAUUCCGUGAUUCAGUCAAGUCAAGUCACGUCACGACUGACUGGCAGACAGCCACGUACUAGGAGAACACUGGACAAUACUUCAGUAUUCUAC